AUGGUCGAACCGACUGUAUUCUCCGACGAAAACUCCCAAAGCAAAGACACUUCAUCUCCCGAGGAACAGCCCACUGGCCUGACCGCUCAUGACGAAGCCACUCGUCCAGCUCAGAUCAUCCAACCAAAUCACAGGCCUAGAUUCGCGGAGAUGAUGGACUCGAACCAAGAAUCUGCUUCAAAUCACCCAGCAAUAGUCGACAUUGAUAGUCAGGGCUUCUUGUGCACCGACAACUUGAGAUGUUUGCCAUCAGAAGACAUCAACUUCCUGUGGAUCAAAGGAUCUUUGAGUAUACCGGACUUUGUUUUGACGCGGGAUUUUGUUCAUCAGUACUUUAAAAAAAUGCACCCAAUGCUUCCAGUCCUCAAUGAAGCCCAAUUCUGGAGUGCGUUGGGGGGGAAUCCCGUGGAGAAGAUAUCCAUAUUUGUCUUCCAGGCUCUCAUGUUUGCCAUCUCACCGUUCAUGAGUCUUGACACUUUGCACAAGUGUGGGUUUGCCGACAAACGCGAUGCGCGCAAGCAGUUGUAUAACAGAGCAAAGCUUCUUUUUGAUCUCAAGGUUGAGAUGAAGCCAUCGGCAAAGGCACAGGGCGCACUUCUCCUCACCCAUCAUACUUCAGCAAUUGCACCUCUAGCCGGAAGCUUAUGGCUAACAAGCUCUAUCGAGAACGCCAUGCUCAUAGAUGCUCAGCCAUCUCUUGUGGAUGAUCAAGUCAGCGAGGCCAUGAAAAAACGACUAUGGUGGUCGCUGCUACUUCGAGAUAGAAGUCUCUGUAUUGGCCUCCGUCGCCGCCCUCAAAUCACUUCGAUAAAUAUUCAUAGAUGUCGAGACUGGCUUCAAGAGGAAGAUUUCGAAGAUGAAAUGCACACCUCGAAGGUCUAUGACUACCAGAAUAAGAUUAUAUUCCUUUCCGCUCUUCAGGAACAAUGCACAUUGGCAGUUCUCUUGACAGAUCUUGUUACGUUGAUCUUUAACCCUCGCUUGGCUCCUGCAACAUCAUAUACCAAGGACGAAUUUGAAAGUCAAAUGAUUACUCUGAAGAAUAUCAAGGAAUCAUUGACUCAGUGGCAUUCUCAGGCUACAUAUCGCCCAGAUCCCAAGAGCAAUCGAUGCUCUCAUCCAUGCACCGCGUUGAAGAAUAUGACAUUCAUGUACUACCACACAGCCAGUGUGGAUCUAGCACAAUAUGCAGCCCUAUUAAUAGAGGAGUAUCCUGCCCUUCCAGCCCACAGGUAUCAUGAGACAAUGGCUGGGAUUGGAAGAGACUUGAAAGCCGGAAUUGAUGGAUUGACACAAAUUAUGGAGUAUUUCAGUCUCACAGGACACGUGGAGAACCUUCCGCUCAGUGUACUUGCAUAUGUGGGAAUGCCGCUUGUUCUAGCCGCCAUAGAUUUGAAGCUUUCGCCUUCACGUUCCGAGACGGCUUCUCGACAAAGGCGUUUAGACUACUUAAGUAACAUCAUCCGACAUUCUGAGGAUCUAUACGAUGUGACGGACUAUGUUGCAGCUGGAACCAAUCAUAUACUUCAGCUGGCAUAUGUGACUACCCAGAAUUUUUUUCUUCCCAAAGAAACGCCGUCGACCAAACGCCAUCCGAGUGAACGGCUCAAUUCAGUAGGAAUUAAUAAAUCGGCAGAACAUAACCAGGUCCGAAUGUCAUAUAUUCCGCGAGGGCCCAUCAGAGCGAAUAACUGGCUUGAAGCAUUUAUCCAAUGCCCUCGUGCCUAUCUCCUGAUUUCGACAUCUGUGGACUACAGCUUGUCAGUAGGGCGUUUACCGUAUGACAACUGCCUUCCAGCGCUCGUCCGAGAAAUUCCCAAUCAGUUCUCAAUGUCUCGUCUCCCCUGGCUAUUGAAUGACCGAUCUCACACAUUUCCUCCGCUUUGGCGAGUCGAUGAAAAGCCAGAUUCCGAGGACUCAAGAUCGACUACCCGAGGUUCUGUAUUAGAAAAUACUCUACCAAAGGCCCAGCAAGGUCUGCGCAACUCUUAUGAAGACUUGACUCAUGGCACAGAUGAUCUGGCAACUGAGUUUGACACGAGGUAUCAGGGACCCUACUCUGAUCGAAUAAACGAGCGUCCAGGUGAUGUCUCAUUGGACCUGAUCAAUCUUGACUUUUUCGAUCUUGGAUCUGACCCGAGACCUCCUCACUCCAUGGUCCAUCAAUCUUCAAAUUGGCCGAACCUUGAUCAUGCCGACACAAGUAGCUCUUUGUUCAAUGCCUCCGAACUUCCAUCGUAUCCCCUUGGUGGCCAUAAUGGUUAUGUAAUGGAGAUGGAAAGUGGAGCAAAUGAGUUUGAUUCGAUCUUGUAUCAGUCUGUGUAUCAUGGUUUGCUUGAAAACGGAAGUCAAACACUACAUACGGGUGUUGAAUCUUGA